GCGCGGAAUGUCUCCGGCCCUCCCCUGCGCGUCCGCCUCAGUGCGGAGCUCGCGGCGGCCGGAGGAGCGGCGAGGACCGGGAGGCUCGGAGGCGGCGACCGGGAGGCUCGGAAGCAGCGGCGGCGGCGGCGGCGGAGCAGGGGCCACACCCCGCCGCGGACCUUUUCUCUUCCCAGUCCUCUCUCCUCCGCGCGCCAGGCCGUUCCGGGAGGAGCGCGGCCGCCCACGCCAGGAGCAUCCUCUUCUGACCCAGCGGGCGCCGGCGGCAAUGAUGCGGCUGCAAGGCUCGGCGAUGCUGCGCGAGCUGCUCCGGCGGCCGCCCGCCGCCGUCGGAGCCUCCCUGCGGCGCGCGCAGCCCCUCGGCACCCUGUGCCGGCGUCCCCGGAGCGGGAACCGGCCGGCCGCGGGCCUGGUGGCCGCCGCGCGGCUCCACCCGUGGUGGGGCGGGGGCGGCCGCGCCAAGGGCCCCGGCGCCGGCGGCCUGUCCAGCUCGCCCUCGGAGAUCCUGCAGGAGCUGGGCAAGGGAGGCGCGGCGCCCCAGCAGCAGCAACAGCAGCAGCAGCAGCAACCCGGGGCGUCGCCUCCCGCAGCCGCGCCGGCACCGGGCCCCAAGGACAGCCCCGGGGAGACGGACCCCUUCGGUAACAGCGAGGGCAAGGAGAUGGUGGCCGCGGGCGACAAUAAAAUAAAGCAGGGUCUGUUACCUAGCUUGGAAGAUUUGCUGUUCUAUACAAUUGCUGAAGGACAAGAAAAGAUACCUGUUCACAAGUUUAUCACAGCACUCAAAUCUACAGGAUUGCGAACGUCUGACCCCAGGUUGAAAGAGUGUAUGGAUAUGUUAAGAUUAACUCUUCAGACAACGUCAGAUGGUGUCAUGCUAGACAAAGAUCUUUUUAAAAAGUGCGUUCAGAGCAACAUCGUCUUGUUGACACAAGCCUUUAGAAGGAAGUUUGUCAUUCCUGACUUUAUGUCCUUCACCUCACACAUUGAUGAGUUGUAUGAGAGCGCCAAAAAGCAGUCUGGAGGGAAGGUUGCUGAUUAUAUUCCUCAGCUGGCCAAGUUCAGUCCUGAUUUGUGGGGUGUAUCUGUCUGUACAGUAGAUGGGCAAAGGCAUUCUAUUGGAGAUACCAAAGUCCCCUUUUGUCUCCAGUCCUGUGUGAAGCCCCUGAAAUACGCCAUUGCAGUUAAUGAUCUGGGAACUGAGUAUGUGCAUCGCUAUGUUGGGAAAGAGCCAAGUGGAUUGAGAUUCAACAAACUAUUUCUGAAUGAAGAUGAUAAACCACACAACCCUAUGGUAAAUGCUGGGGCCAUCGUUGUCACUUCACUGAUAAAGCAAGGAGUAAAUAAUGCUGAGAAGUUUGACUAUGUGAUGCAGUUUUUGAAUAAGAUGGCUGGUAAUGAAUAUGUUGGAUUCAGUAAUGCAACGUUUCAGUCUGAACGAGAAAGUGGAGACCGAAAUUUUGCAAUUGGAUAUUACUUAAAAGAAAAGAAGUGUUUUCCGGAAGGCACAGACAUGGUUGGGAUACUAGAUUUUUAUUUCCAGCUGUGCUCCAUUGAAGUGACCUGUGAGUCAGCCAGUGUGAUGGCCGCAACACUGGCUAACGGCGGGUUCUGCCCGAUUACCGGCGAAAGAGUCCUCAGUCCUGAGGCCGUUCGGAAUACACUGAGUCUGAUGCAUUCCUGCGGCAUGUAUGAUUUCUCAGGGCAGUUUGCAUUCCAUGUUGGUCUUCCUGCAAAAUCUGGAGUUGCUGGAGGUAUUCUGUUAGUUGUCCCCAAUGUCAUGGGCAUGAUGUGCUGGUCUCCGCCUCUGGACAAGAUGGGCAACAGUGUUAAGGGAAUUCACUUCUGUCAUGAUCUUGUUUCUCUGUGUAACUUCCAUAACUAUGAUAAUCUGAGACACUUUGCAAAGAAACUCGACCCUCGGAGGGAAGGUGGUGAUCAGAGGGUAAAGUCGGUAAUAAACCUUCUGUUCGCCGCGUACACUGGAGAUGUGUCUGCCCUCCGGAGGUUUGCCCUUUCGGCCAUGGACAUGGAGCAGCGGGACUACGACUCCAGAACAGCCCUCCACGUGGCUGCCGCCGAGGGUCAUGUGGAAGUGGUUAAAUUUUUGCUGGAAGCUUGCAAGGUGAACCCCUUCCCCAAGGACAGGUGGAACAACACCCCCAUGGACGAAGCGCUGCACUUCGGACACCACGACGUCUUUAAAAUCCUCCAGGAAUACCAAGUCCAGUACACACCCCAAGGGGACUCUGACAACGGGAAGGAAAAUCAGACUGUCCACAAGAACCUCGAUGGGCUGUUGUAAUGGUCCGAGAGGCUUGGGUUACUUACCUAUCCGAUUGUGGAACAUGGCUAUGAAGAACAUGUAUAUUUCUGUCUGGCAGUGAUGUGCACUGUGCGUUUGUCCUGUCAGUGUUACUGGAGUUUCCUUCCUUGUGCGCACAGGACAAAAUCUGAUGUCUUUGGGGAAAAUAGAAAUAAAAGAACCUCCCUUCAUAAUGUGAGCAAUAGUUACCUCUUGCGUUGCACAAUUUGAUGUCCAGGAAUAGUUAGUUACCAAUGCUAGCUGACGUGUGUGGCCCUCAUGAGUUGUGUGUGUUGUAAACUUUCAAUCCCCGGGUGAUGAUAUCCUCAUAGGCAUUUAUGAGCUAAGCUUCGUUGUACAGUUUACCCGUGGGGUUGAUGCUGUCAUUAGAUAAACCAGUGUGGUUUUCAAGACUUUAAAUAUAGAUUAGCUUGAGUGUUCGAACAACUAUACGCACAUGGUUGAGUAUUUAAAAUGUGUCCUCUCACCCUCGCGUCAAGGUGACUCCUUCAACACUAAAAUAGUUGCUAGCCAUUCAUAGAACUCACCAAUUCUGAUUAGGUUUUAUCAGGGACUCUGUGACGAUACGUUUGGUGACCAAAACAUACGCGUGGAUAUAGUUCUAGUACCUUUGAGACCUUUCCUUUCAUACGGUCCUCAGGCCAGCCUCUCUGAGGCCUUGGGAAAGUGAGUGCCGGCAUGCUCUGCAGUCUCGUGUGUCCUCGGCAAGUCAGCAGUGCUCACAUUCCUAGCCCAGAGACAGAGCCUGGCCGUUAUCUACAGAAGAGGAACCAAGAUUCAGGCGUCUAACUUAGCUUAAGAGGAAAGACAGUGCUACCGCAGACUUGGACGUUUCUUUCAGCUUCUACAACAGAGAAAAGUUCAGACAUGCUCUCCGUUACCAAAGUUGCAGGGACACGCGUAGGGACAGCCGCAGAAGACAUUUCCCUUCAGUCCUACUGGCAACGGUCUGCAUAGGCUAGCUGUCCCUUCCCGAGGCCUGGGGGUCACUCUGCACUGCCCCCCCCCCAUUCCUAACACUCGGGCAGACUCGACCAGUCAGGAAAGAUGACGUCUUUGUAAAUUUAGACUCCCCAUGUCUUUGUUUUGGAAAAGUGAUUUCUGAGUAACUUAGACAACAGGUCAAAGGAACCUUAGCGAGAACCCAGUUUUCUAGCAGUUGCACAUAGUGGACCCUAUUCUACUUCCGAGACACGAGGGCUCUGUUAGUGAGGACUUCUGGUGAUGGAGCACAUGUGUGCAUACGCAUGCACACACAAUGCACUUCUUGGAAAUUGCCCGCGGAAGAUGCCCGCGGAAGAUGCAGAAUUCUCAACUACACAGAUGCAGUGGUAACCACAUUAACACAGAGUCUCUGACCCUCGCUAUCAACACAGAACUGCACCCGAGUUUCCUGACGCCUGGCGGCACAGUAUCCAGUAGCCGCCAGCUGCUGUGGUCCGUUUUCAGCUGUCCCCUGCCAUUCCCUAGCCAGCGCCCCCCUGGAUGAAACCCUUAACGAGUGCCCCUUCCCUGAGCCAGGCACCCCCACCAUGGAUCUAAGUUCCAGGAGCUGUGGGAGGAUGGUGGGCAGGCAUCCAGCUCUGCCACUGUGUUCUGCUUCCACAAGCCUCUCGAGACAGGCGGACAAGCGGCACUACACUUUGCUCGGAGCCAUCAGUCCCAAAGUUAAGGCGUGACCGCGGUUUAGUUUGAAUCCACUGAGCUCACGCUAUUCCAGAAGCAACUGGCUUUGCGUGGUUCAAUGCGUGACUUAGCUAUCACCAGUGACUCCGGGGCUUCUCUGAAUGUUAUUCUGUAUAUUAUUUGAAAACAGAAGUUGUAUCUUUUCUAAGAUCAGUGCCGUUUUGUACAGUCUUUGUGGCCUGGUUAAAUAGGCUCUUUCCCCUCACGGUGUUAUGACUAUGUGCCAGGUCUUGCUCCGGCUCUCUGCUAGUGGCUGAUAUUAAGGAGAACACUUUUGUUUAAAUGCUUGAAUGAGCUGUUACUGCUGCCAUCAGUAAACUCCAAAGAUCUUAUUUUUUUGUUUUGUUUUGUUUUGGCUUUACGAUCUUGUGUAAUUUUUCUGUAUCAUGGGAACAUUACAUGGUCAUGUUGGUUUGAAGCUCUGUUUACGCUGCUGUUUCUGCUGUCCCUGUUGUAAUACCCAUGCCUGGGGAUACACGGCGCUUUAGCUGCACAGCUGGAUUUGCUCUUGAUCCUGCUGUCUGUCAGGGACUAGGUGACCUGAUGUGGGAUUUAGGUCCCUCCUGGGGAGUCCAAAGCUUUGAAUGUAUCUACUUCUGACGUUUCCCAAAAUGAAAUCUUAAAACUAUAAACUGUAAGUAUUCUGAAAAUUGGGAAAUAUUUAUUUUAAAUGAGAUCAGGUAGUGUUGCCUUUUAUAGCCUAAUAAAUACAUGUAUUGAAAACAA